CUUCAAACCCUUCAGAUUUGAAAGUAUUUAAAUGUUUUAUUUCCGUUACAUCAUUCGUUUUCAUAAGGAUAUUACCUGCUGUCAACAUUCUGAUAAUUAUUGAACCUGAAUUUUAUAUCCUUGUUUACAUCGCGAAAAAUGACACUGCAACUAUAAAUUUAAAAUGGAGCUUGUGUAAUAUUGUGCUAAAUAAUACAUGAUGGUACUACUGUUAUAAUACAGUGUGACAGUCAAGAUUGAUUGCAUGUGUGACUUUAUACUGUUGACACAACUCCUUUGAAUCACAAGAGGUACUAUAGCAAGAAAACAUGACAGCAGUCGGAAAACUCACAGAUACAGAACUGCUGGGUCUCAUCAGUCAGACAACACAAGGCUCACCAAAUGUUGCUUUCUACAACAACCAAGAACAUGAAGUUCCUGCUCAAGAUAAGGUUAAUGAUGUUAAAGAGGAAAAGUUGAAAAAGACAAAUGAACAUCUAACACCUGCACUUGAGCUGGAAGCUGAAAGGCCUGACGUGCAAGCAGACACAUUGACACUUUCAGAUGCACAGUCUCAUGCGAAAAAUUCAUCAGCAGAUUUCAAUUUAGAAUUGUCACAGUCUGUUUUACAGUCUAGUUUGAUUGUUCCACAUAAGUCUGAAACUGUGUCUUUCUUACAAGCAGGGACACAGUCUGAUUUAACAUUUCCUGUUCUGACUGUGUCCCAGUCAGAAUUUAACACUGGAAAUUCCUUAAGAGCAGAUACACAGUCUGUUUCAGCUGCAAUUGAGACAGUGUCAUCAGCUAAGGAUGUGACACAGUCAGCUGUAAAUUCUCAAAAAUCAACAGUAUUGCAUUUUCAGAUGUCUUCUGAGUCUGGAUCUCAGGUCAGUUCUUCUUCAAUUAGACUGGUAUCACCAACAGAUAUAAAAUCACCGUCGUAUAAAUUAGAUGCCGAACUUGUCUCCAUGCUGUCACAAGAGGAAAUUAUAAAUCUAGUCCACGAAUAUAGGACAGAAGUAGAAAUUACCAAAAAGAAAUUGGAAAGGAGUGAAAGGCAGCUUACAAAAGCCAAUAACUACAAUGAUGUCCUGAGGAAUAUGGUUGAAAAACUCAGUAGUGAAAUACACCAAGUGAAGCAUGGAAAAACCUGCAGUGUGCACGUGCAAGUGGAUAAAGAUGAUUUUCUUGCCUAUACCACAGGAAGAAAUACAAUGCCAAAUUGGAACAAUGAAGAUGAACAAAUUUCAAUGCCAAUGGAAACUAGUCAAACUCCUGAGGUGCCUGUGGUGGCUACAUCUGAAAGAACCUCCACACAGCAACCUGGAGUAGAGAUGGAGACAGUAUCAAUUGCUGACAGUAUCAAGCAGGCUGCGGAAGCUGCUGUACAACAACAACAGGCUGAUAUGUUACACGACCAAGGUUACGUGUAUGAUGAACAUUCUGGACUCUAUUACCAUUCAGCCACUGGCUAUUACUAUGAUCAGCACAAGUCAUUGUUUUAUGAUCCGAAGUCUGGUAUCUACUAUUACUUUGAUUAUGACACUGGAGAAUACUUGUUCCACUCGCAGAUUGAACUUACAUCACAGACAACUGAGCAGUCAGCAGUCAAGGUAGAUGUUCCGGCUGAGAAGAAAAAGUUGACAAAAACACCAAAGAAGAAUAGAAGCAGAGAAAGAUAUUCAUCUGGUGAAAAUAUUUUCAAAAACCGGAAGGAAAGAAGAAGGGCUGAACAAGAGUAUCGAUCUAAACAAAGAAGACAACAUAGAGAUGAUAGGUAUGGACAAAGUGAUAAAAGAGAGAGGGGUAGAAAAAGAAGAAGACGUAACGAUCAUACUGACAGUGGUGAUAGUGAUCGAAGGAGAGAUCGAAGGUCAGUGAAAUCACAUGACAGAGAUAAAAUAAGGAAAACUAGGACAAGUAGAAAUAGGUCUGAGAGAAAACAUGAACACAGAAAGGAUGGUAAAGCAUCAAAGUCACAUAUAGAAGAACGUAGUGUUCAAAAUAUAGAUGAUGAUCAAGUUAAAAAGUCCAAAGUUGAUAAUAAGGGCAAAAGAACAAAAUGCGAAAGGUCAAUAGUUCAUAAACAUAAAUCCAGAUCAAAGAGUGAGGAAAAUACAGAAUUCCUUGAAAAGGACAAACAUGAUACAGAAAUCACGCAACCUGGAGAUUUAGAAAGUUCCCUUGGUAACAGUCAAGUUAAAAGGGAAGCUUCUGAUCAUACAAAUAGUGCUGAUGAAUAUGAACUUGAAUCUGAAAAUGAAUUGAUGAUUGUUGAAGAUGAAAAUGAGGGUAUAUACUGUGAGGUAAAAAGUAAUGGAGAAGACGAUGAUGUAAUUCAUGAAGGACAGAGAACGGCAUUUGAAAUGGAAAACAAAAACGAAGGCUUACAUAGUAGAAAUGAAAAAUCAAGAAGAUACUCACAUAGAGGGAGUAGGUCAGAAAGAAGAAGACAUCAUCACAAGAAGGAGAGUCGAGAGAUAUAUAAGAGCAAAUCGAGUCAUAGUGAGGACAGUGCAAGUGAGAUAGAAUCAGGGGAGUUAAGUGAUACUGAUUCUGAUCACGCCAGUUUCAGUAAGAGUUGCAGUUCUUACCUCAGUAUAUCUAGUGGAGAAGAACUGUAUGUUGAUCUUGUUGAGGAUGAUGAGCAUCAAGCAGAAACAGAGGUUGCUGGGAGUUACCCGCCUUGUAUACGUGUAAUGGUGACAGAGUCUGAAUAUCUGCAGAUAGGAACAUUAUACAUUGUAACCUGUACAGGAGCAAAAAUUGGACGUGAAAACUGUGAUAUCUGUGUACCUGAUGUAAAUGUUAGCAAGGUGCAUGCUGAAAUCCGAUACAAUCAAAGUGCUAGUCAGUAUGAAAUAUUUGAUCUUGCAAGUCAAAAUGGAACAUUUCUCAACAGUCAGAGGCUAUCACCUGCAAAGAUAGCCAGUGAACCUUUUGCUCUAAGUCAUGAUGACAACUUGUUGAUUAGUACAACAAAAUUGCUGUGCCAUAUACACACUGGAUAUGAUACAUGUGACCAGUGUGAACCAGGGGUUGUCAUAGCAACACACAAAGCACAUCAGCCUCAAACAGAAAUGAAAGUUAUGACUAAAGAAGAGAGGUUACGUCAGAAGAAGCAAGAAUUGAACCAAAUAAAGAAAAAAUAUGGGUUAAAGAAUUCAGCCUAUGAAGACAACACAGAAGUGUUCAACAAUCCAAACUAUACCAAUAAGGCUGAGGAACGCAGGAAGUUUGUUGGUAGUGAUGUUCCAGGGCAGAAGCAAGAGGCACCUGCUUCAGUACAUAGGCCAAUAUCAACUGGGAACAUUGGUCAUAAAAUGUUACAGAAGAUGGGCUGGAAGGAAGGAGAUACACUUGGAAAGAAUAAUACUGGUAUACAAGAACCUAUUUCUGUCACGUUGAGAGCUAGUCAGAAGGCUGGAUUAGGAUCUGCUAGUGCAGGUGCUUUCUCAGCCGACGAUGUCAGCACUGUAGAUAUGAAAAAAGCCAAUAGACGAAUACAGGCACAGGAAAGAUACAAACAGAUUGAAUCAGAGAAGUGUAACAACGAAGGAACUGCAUCAGAAAAGCAGUGGACGCAAGGAGAUUCUGAGUUUACGUGACAAAAUAUGUGUUUGACCAUAUGAAAGAUUCAAGCUUCGAUUUACAGAAAGUUGAUUGAUGCAAAGUUUGGGGUAUAUCGUGCGUCUAUCUGCCUGUCAGAAGUGGCAUAUAAUUUACAGUCAGUUGUAAAACCGGUCAUUGCUAUGAGCAUUAUUUCUAUAGUAUUGCAUCACUCCACGUGCCACCAAAAGUUUUGUUUUUAAGGGAGUAGGAGGGGGCACUUAGAUUUUCCCAUGUUUGCCUGUCAAGCCGUCCGUCCGUCGGUCCGAAUUGGUGCCGUGUAUAUCUCGAAACGUAUUUGAUAUAGAGUAAUCAAAUAUCCUAGGUUUGUUAUUCAGUAUGUGAAAUUGUGCACCUGGAGUUUCCUUUGGAUUUCACUCUGCAUGAUUUGACUUAUUGCCCUUGGCAGUCAAAAUAUGCAUGAAGGGCCUAUAAGUUUGUUUUGGAUAUAUCUCAAAAUGAUUUGACUAACAGUAA